AUGCGUUUUAGCAGCGAAUCAUACACCAUGUCAAAUCCCUCAUCACUCCAUGAAGACAAAGACAGUGCAUCUUUACCCCAGCGUAAGAGGGAAGCGCCAACGCGCAUGAAAGAUGGAAAAGAGGUUGAGCUACACACGUGGAAUGGCUCUCAAGACCCCGACAACCCGUUCAAUUGGUCGACCAAGUACAAAUGGUUCUUGACAAUUACGGUCUGUUUUAUCUCCAUCUUAACGGGUCUCCCCGCUGGAUCCUAUGGUGCUGGUAACGAAUGGAUGGCAACUCGCUUCAGCGUUCAAAAUGAACCUUUUCCCAAUCUCUAUUGGGCAACGUGCAGCUGGAACAUGGGUGCUGCUCUUUUCCCACUUCUGUUCGUACCUUUGACCGAGAACACUGGCCGUAUGCCCGGCUACUUCGUUGCGUACAUCGUUUUCGAGUUGUUCUUGUUCGGCUCUGCCUUUGCUGACAACUUUGCAACGCUCGUUGUUACCCGAUUUUUCGGCGGUGGUGCAUCCUCGGUUUCCAUCAACAUUGUUGGUGGUAGCAUCAGUGAUGUAUGGAAAGGUGACAAGGCUCGAAGUCUGCCAAUGUCCAUCUUUGGGUUCACGUCUGUCGCUGGUAUCGCUCUCGGGCCGUUUAUUGGUAGUGCAAUUGUGCAGAUUGGCUAUCCGUCUACUGGACUGCAAUCUCCAUGGCGCUGGAUCUACUAUAUUCAAAUCAUCUACAAUGCCGCGCUCAUCCCCGUCUUCUACAUCAUCCUCAAGGAGACCCGUGGCGACGUCAUCCUGAAGAAGCGCGCUCAGAAGAUUCGCAAAGACACAGGCCGCGAAGUCUAUGCGGAAUCCGAGCUCGAUAAGCCUUCGAUAGCCAGCCUACUCAAGGUCUCCUUCAUGCGACCCACAAAGAUGCUGCUCACCGAACCCGUCGUUACUUUCUUCACGCUAUGGAUCAGUUUCGCCUGGGGUAUGAUUCAACUAGCCAUCACUGUCGGAGCGCUCAUUGGCACACUCAUCAAUCCAAUCCAGGAUUGGUUGUAUCUUCGAACUGCAUCCAAGAACCAAGAACGUCCUGGGAAGCCCAUCCCGGAGGGCCGUUUGUACACCAGUAUCCCUGGCUCGCUGCUCUUCACUGCUGGUCUGUUCUUAUAUGGAUGGACAUGCAGACCCUCUAUUCACUGGAUUGUGCCUGCGAUAGGAAUCUGUAUAGUGGGUGUAGGCAUCUACUCGAUUUACAUGGGAGUAGUCAACUAUCUCACCGAUGCUUACGAAAAGUACGCUGCUUCUGCACUUUCCGCCGCAUCCCUUGGUCGUAAUCUGUUCGGCGCCUUUCUACCUCUGGCUUCCUACUCGCUUUUCCAGAACCUCGGUUUCGGCUGGGCAGGCAGUCUACUUGGCUUUGUUGGAUUGGCACUGAGUCUGGUGCCGGUGGUACUCCUGAUAAAAGGCCGUCAGAUUCGGGCAAAAAGUCCGUUCAUGUCCGAAGCUAUGUUUGACGAUGGCGACGACGACGAAGAGGCGGAAGGCAAGAAAGCUAGCCAUAGUCAUCGGGGUACUUUUGGACCAGCGGGUGUUGCUGGUGGACCGCCCGGUGGGGUGGACGAUGCUGUUUAG